AUGGACAACGAGAUCAUCGACACUGCAGUCCCUGAAGCUCCAGAGGGUCAUCAGUUGCUACCAGCCACUACGAUGGAGAACGAGACCAUCGCCGAGGUCCACGAUGCCCCAGGGCAUGGAAUCUCCAAUAAAGCUUUUGAGACCCCUGCCAACAGGGACUCUGUCGGGCUCUCUGAGACCAAUGAUAACAUCACUGCUGACCUCGAAGUACAAAAGGACGAGGACUCUACCCAUGCUCUCGAAGCGACCAAAUGCCACCUCUCGGCUAUUCCAGACUUUGGGACUGAAAACCAAAGUUUCCUUGAGGAAAAACCGUCCAGUUUGGAUGGGAUUAAAGCCUCGCAGGUCUACCCUCACAAUGAAGGGCCAAACUUUGGGAAUGGAAGACAAACAAUUCCUGAUGAAUUCGAAGCCUUGGCGAACUGGACCUACAAUAGUCAGCUCGGUUCGGAUUUAUUCGUACGUCGGAAUAACUUGUCUGGAGAUAACCCAGACGACGAGAACGUGAAUGGCGACAUCAAUGUCGGUCUCCACGGCGCCAAAUUGGAUACUGAAAAAUCGGAUACGUCUAUGUCCGCAGCUCUCAGUGACGAGGAUCUCUAUCAUUCUUCCAGUGAUGAACCUCUUGAAAGCGAUGAUGAAAAGGAAGACAGGGAUCUCCAAGCUCCUCUCUGUUGCUCAACUGUUUCCGCUGAAAUCCCUCAACAGGAUAACGAUUCUAAGCAGGAUACAUCAAAGACUCGACCGCCUGUCAAGAAGGCAGCAGUGAGUGGCCAACGAGCAACUCGGAAACGAUCUAGCCGUCAAGCUCGGCACAACAUUCUAGAAAAGGAUAUCAAUAUUUCCGAGCGAGAGAUGACCCGAUCUAAGGAGCUGGGAUUGCGCAAAUUGAGCGGGCACAACGAGCUCACAGCUUUGUUUUACCAGCUAAUCGAAAAUGACAAAGUCGUCGGCUCUGUUUCAGCCGCCGGGAAAAAGCCUCGCAGUGCAAUCAAGGAGGCACCGCUGCAGAGAUUAGAACAUUUGCUUUCAAUUGGAUCAGCUAUCCAAGCUGUCCAGAAGAAUGCACAUCAACCUGGAAUCCCCACCUCUGAGAGUUUGAACAAGGAGACAGCCCUCAAAGAAAUCACCACUAGGGUCAUUGAAGAGAACCCCAAUUUUGACCCCCGGGACGUCAGAAAAGACGCGAGAAAUCUGAUUACGGCUUCGAGAAUGUUUAAACAUCCUCCAAAGAUGGACGGUGUGAGCGGAUGGAUAAUGCACGGGAUGAAGAGGAACCUUUUUAACCAUCAGCUUGAUGGAGCCGGGUGGAUGUGCAAUCGAGAAAAGGAAGACACCAUCCCACGCGGAGGGAUGCUGUGCGACAUGAUGGGUCUCGGAAAGACGCACACCACGCUGUCUUGCAUUCUUGAUGAUAGUAUUGGUAAUCUACCCGGACAGAUGGCUCCUACUCUUGUCAUAAUCCCAGGUAACGCCCGCGGUCACUGGCAUCGCCAAAUUUCCCUAGGCUUCGAUACCGGUGCGCUUGGGUCCGUCUGGGACUGGAAUUUUCGCGUGGCGGGGAUUUAUAUGAACAACAUCAAUGGCUUUAAACAGCACGGCAUUGUACUUGCAACAUACGAUGACGUGCGGAGGUCGUAUCCAUUAUCUCGAGUGCCAAAGUCUCUGCUGGCUGAUGAAGAAAAAGCCGAAUGGUGGAGGAACAACUUUGAGAGCCAAUUGGGACUUAUGCAUAAAAUCAAUUGGCACCGCAUCGUUCUAGAUGAAGCGCAAGCUAUCAGAAAUAAGAGCGUGACUUCAGUAGCCGUUCGGGCCCUUACCGGAGAAAGGAAAUGGAUAUUAACGGGCACACCCUUGUAUAACAGCAAGGAAGACUUACAGCCAUAUUUCAGUUUUCUUGGGGUUCGGGACUGCGAGCUCCAGAAAAGCUUCCACGAUCAGUUCAGCAGGGGGUAUGAAGACAUAGUGAAUCUCCAGAGAGUUCUCGAGCCAUUCUACCGCCGGAGGACGUUUGAAAGCACAUGCUUCUGUCUUCCGAUUGUUCCUAUGCCUGGUGCUAAGGAAGAGCAGAUAAUGGUUGAGUUCUCUAAUGUUGAGAAGGUCAUUUACGAUGAAAUACUUAACAAGCAAAUUGAAAAGCUAAAUGGCAAGUCAAAGAUCUAUGUUGACGAGUGCUGGCUCCAUACUGAUAUUUCAUGCACAGCGCUCCCCGGUGGCAGUUCAUCAAAAUCAAUGCUGUCCCCAGAGCAAAACACAUGCAUUCUUGAAACUAUGAUUCGACUGCGCCAAUUCUCAAGUCAUUUUCUUACUGCUUUCAAGGCGGUAAAGCCCCUAAUAGGCGCUAUCGAGUCAGCCUUGGAAGAUGAGACAGAGGAGACAGAUGACUUCUUGGACCGUGAUUCGAAAGAGCUCUGGGGCUUUAUUGAGCUUCUGAAAAGUGGAUCAUUUCCCGCAACGGCUUCUCUGGAAACUCUGCCUUGCACAAAAGUCGAACGCAAGAUCUUCGAAAAUCGCAUCGCUCUGAAGCGUGCUAGCAGGGAGCAAGCACGUCGCUUGGCUGCCGCAGAGAGCUGGGAUGAGUAUGACUCGAUUGUUGCUAAGGAGUGCGUUGAGUGCCUGAAAAAGCUCACACUUGACCGGCCCUUCCUCGUGACUUCAUGCCAUCUUUACUGCAAGGAAUGCUAUGAAGGUCUUCGCAGCCAGAAUGGCGUCGCCGAAUUGCAGAAAAUAGUCUGCUUGAAGUGCAGGGCAGAAAUUCCCAAUGCCGUUGACUUCCACCCUUUUGGGUCACUGCUUGCAGCUACAGGGCCCCGGGCGUCAGGCCUGUGCCCCGGAAAGAAGCGAAAACGGGGUAACGCAGGCAGAAACUCCAGGAACAAGAGCCAAAGAGCUAAUCGUAAUUCCAACCGGGAUGAGGAAAGGGAUGAGUCCUCUGAUUCUGAAGAUUCGUCUACCGACGACUGGAUUCCACUCAUCGAAGAGUACCACCUCGGCGCUACCUGGCUAGGUUCAAAGAUGACCAAGGUCAGGGAUAUCAUUCGUAAGUGGCUUCUAGAUGACAAAGACACCAAGAUCGUUAUAUUCACCCACUUUCGGGCCUCUUUGCGCAUUCUCGAAAUGAUCUGUAAGGAGGAGAAGUGGCUUUACCAAAAAAUUUCAGGCGAGGUAGAUGCCAUUGAAAGAGACAACCGGAUUCAAGUUUUUCAGAAUGUCUCCGCAUACAAGAUCCUGCUCUCAACUUCCAGCACUGGAGGAGCUUCCAUUGAUCUCACGGCUGCAAACAAAUGCAUUGUGUUAGACGGAUGGUGGAACAUGGCACACGAUGAGCAGGCGUUCUGCCGGCUGCUUCGCAUCGGACAAGACCGUGAUGUGGAAGUUCUCAGGAUAAUUGCUACCGGUACGCUCGAUGGUCAAGAUUCCAUCGACAAACAAAUGCACGACAUGCAGAAAUUCAAGAUGACUGAAAUUUUCGAAGUCAUGGGCGCGGCUGCAUUUCAGAACACGGGUGCGGCCAAGAGCUUUCUUCAGAAUAUGGGGCACAUCAUCCAUGACAGAAUGGGCCGUAUUAAACUCGUCCGACGCGAUCGCAGAUUGCACCGGAGAGCUAAGAGACGGACAAUGGACAAUUUGAAUGAAGGAGAUGCAGAAGACUGA